UAGGGCUCGGAAAUGCUUAUUCUACCACUAAUAAUCAUGGGUAUAAUAUCGAUGAUUGGUGGUAUAUUAGGCCUACGGCUGCCAGAAACAUUACAUUACAGAUUACCACAAACAGUCGAAGAAGGUGAAGAAUUUGGAAAAGAUUUUGGAAUGAAAGAUUGUUUGCGAUGUAUACCAAUAAAACCAGUACCUUCGGUUAUUAACUCUUAUGAAAACUUAGAGCUUGCGCAAGCUCCAAGUACCCUAGCCUCUGAAAAAACACCUCUUGAAUCAACUCUACAACCCAGAAGAUCUAUGAAAAAGCUGUUGCGGCAACAAAGCGUUAUGGAUACACAGAAGACAGCGGAUGGAACGAUGCAGAUGACAUAUUGGUUUUAG